AUGCUGUCUAUCAUACGCUCCCGACCGUUUAGCCUGCUUAAGCUUCUCGAGCUGAACCUGCGUAUCCAUAAACAACCUCAUCCUCUGAACCUCCAAAUCCUUAGCAAACUGCAUCCUCUGUUUCUCCAGCUCCACCAUCUGCCUCUGCUUCAUGUUCUCCACCUUCUCGUAUAUCUCACCAAACCUCUCAAUGGCCUUUGCCAACCUCCUCACGCCAUCUUCCCCUUCUUCCACCUCCUCCGCCGCUCGACCACCACUUCCCUCCCCUUCGGAUUCCUCAUCGUCUUCCUCAGCCUCUUCAGUGGCGGCCGCCGCCGCUGCCGCCGCCAUGGCCGAGUAAUUCCUCCUGAAGAAGGACUCAUCCACAGCCGGACGCUUCUGAGGCAGAACCACCGGCGUGACCAUGGCGGGAGUCAGCGGCUUGCGGAAGGGAAUGGGCACCGCCAUUGGUGGCGAGGGGAGGCCCAGGGGCGGCGGAGGAGGCAUCAACAGCGGCAUCUGAACCGGCGACGCUGCCGGCGGAGCGGGCCUGCUGUGUUGUUUGUUGGCGUUAGCAGAUCCGAUGAGAAAGUCGAGGCGGGAGAAGAAGGGCCAGGUGGAGGCGGUGGAAUCCGAGAUCUUGGCCUUCUCGACCUUGUACUUCUUCUUCAGAGUGUCGAUCCGGUUUUUGCACUGGACGUCGGUGCGGCGGGUCUUUUUGGUGUGGCCGUGGAGGGAGUUGACGGCGUCGGCGACCUCCUGCCAGUCCUUGCCGCGGAGAUUUCCACGGUUGAGCUCUAG